AUGGGUGAUUGGAACCUUCUGGGGAGCAUCUUAGAGGAGGUUCACAUUCACUCCACCAUUGUGGGCAAAAUCUGGCUCACUAUCCUCUUCAUCUUCCGCAUGCUCGUGCUUGGAGUCGCCGCAGAAGAUGUUUGGGACGAUGAGCAGAGCGAAUUUGUGUGCAACACGGAGCAACCUGGGUGCAAGAACGUCUGCUACGACCAGGCGUUCCCCAUAUCCCUUAUUCGCUACUGGGUCCUGCAGAUCAUCUUUGUCUCCUCACCAUCCUUGGUUUAUAUGGGACACGCGCUUUACAGACUCCGAGCUCUGGAGAAGGAACGGCGCAAGAAGAAAGCUCAGCUGAAGAUGGAGCUUGAGGAGACAGGGGCUGUUUUGGAGGAACAUAAAAGGAUAGAGAAGGAACUUAGAAAGCUCGAAGAGCAGAAGAAAUUAAGGAAGGCUCCAUUGAGGGGUUCCUUACUCCGUACAUAUGUGUUGCAUAUCUUGACCAGGUCAGUGGUGGAGGUCGGGUUCAUAGUGGGACAGUACAUGCUCUAUGGUAUCGGACUGUCGCCGUUGUACAAGUGCGAGCGUGACCCCUGCCCCAACAGUGUGGAUUGCUUUGUCUCGAGGCCGACGGAGAAGAACAUUUUUAUGAUUUUCAUGCUGGUCAUUGCAGGAGUGUCUCUGUUCCUCAACCUCCUGGAGAUUUUUCAUCUCGGUGUCAAAAAGAUCAAGCAAAUCUUGUAUGGCUCCAAGUACAACGGAGACAAUGACAGCAUUUGCAGAUCAAAGAAAAACUCCAUGGUACAACAGGUCUGUGUCCUUACUAACUGCUCACCACAAAAACUCAUGCAUUUUACAAUUCCUACUUCUUUAUCAAUGGUGCCAGAUGAACCUUUACCUCACUAUAUGCCAAUGAAUGUUCCUCCAUCUAACCAGGAGGUACCAUACCACGACCCUACUGAAACUGACAAGCACCCCAGACAGAGCCGACUUCCAAGCCAACCUGAAUUUCAGGCCCUCCAUCAGCUAGGAGCCACAGACCACCGGCCCACUUACCAUACACAGUCCUGCAGCAGUGAGGAGUCUGGACCCAAGUUCUCCGGGCAGCCAAAAAAUCUCUGUCAGCAGCCCAGAGCAUCACUCAGAGCCAGUCAUAUAGAGAUACCAGCCGCCUUAAGGAACGCCCUGCGGAAACAAAGUCGGGUCAGCCAGUGUAAAGACUUGAGCGAGGAAAGCGAUUCUCUGGAAAGUGGAAACUACUCCACUGCGAGGAAAGCCAGCUUCAUGUCCCGGGAACUUUCAGAGGGUUCCCCAGAUAGUCCAACUUCAAAGAGUGGAUCGGAUGCCGAAAGCAAGCGUCUGGCACAAGGGGAGAGUCCCGCUGUGACUCCACCACCAGCCAGUGGACGAAGAAUGUCAAUGGUGAGUAAAGUAACACAUAACCCAUUUAACAUGGCUUUAGAUCCAAACAAUAUAGCAAAAGUUUGA